AUGGCAAAGCUGCUAUUGAGAUGCAGUGUUACAUUGGUGUUUUGGCACGCACCAAGGACCCUAUUGUGGACAAGAAAUGGACUGCCCAAGGACCUGAAGGAGCAGAUUUGGGAAGCUGUUCAAAUGGCUUAUGUUGUUGGGGAAGGGGGCAAGAAGAUGGUGCUGUCGUCUGCCGCCAAAAAAUGGAAGGAUUUUAAGUCUACCUUAACUAGGCAGUUUAUCCUUCCAUUCACAAAUGAGAAGGAGAAGUUAAAAGAGCCCCCUCAACUUUAUAACUUCAUAGAGAAAUCGCAAUGGGAUGCCUUUGUAGCUUCAAAGUUAUCCCCAGAUUUUGAGGCUAUGCAUUCUGAGCAGUCACAGAGAAGGGAGAUAUGUGAGUACAACCAUAGGUUGUAUCGAAAAGCGUACGUUGGUUUGGAGGAUGAAUUGGAAUAA